GAUCAGUGUGAUGAUCACACAUGUCACAUGAUCCACACCCAGCGAUGAUGUCACUAAACACAACACGUGCCUUCCUCUUCCUACCACACAUACCAUAACACUGAUCUAUCCAGCCUGACUACAUCCUCCAGAGUCUCACUCCUCUUCCUUACGCCGUCAGGACCUGUCUGGAGUCCGCUCAGAGGAGAAGGCACCAUGCCGGGUUCAGGAUUUAAAGCUGAGCGGCUGAAGGUCAAUCUGAGACUCGUUAUCAACCGACUAAAACUUCUGGAAAAAAAGAAAACUGAAAUGGCCAUGAAGUCCAGGAAGGAGAUCGCUGACUACUUAUCGUGCAGAAAAGACGAACGAGCGAGAAUCCGAGUGGAGCACAUCAUCCGAGAAGACUACAUGGUGGAGGCCAUGGAGAUCCUGGAGUUGUACUGUGACCUCUUGUUGGCCCGAUUCGGAUUAAUCCAUUCCAUGAAGCAACUGGACCCCGGAUUGGCUGAAGCUGUGUCCACCCUGAUCUGGGCGGCCCCCCGCAUGCAGACUGAAGUCUCUGAGCUCAAGACAGUGGCCAGCCAGCUCUGCAAUAAAUACAGCAAGGAAUACGGCAACCUCUGCCGGACCAAUCAGAUCGGAACAGUCAGCGAAAGACUCAUGCAGAAGCUAAGUGCGGAAGCGCCCCCUAAAAUCCUGGUGGAGAGAUACCUGAUCGAGAUCGCCAAGAAUUACAAAGUGGAGUAUGAGCCGGACGCCAGAGUCAUGAGCGAGGUGCCCCCUGAAGUCGAUGGAAGGGAUUUUAGAAGCAGCAAUAGAAGAGGGGGUCCGGGGAACGGAGGAGCCGGUGGCGGCGGUUUCGGAAGCAACGCGAACGGUCUAUACCCCAAAGUGAUUGAGGAAUUUCCUGCGGCUGAAGUUGGGGUCUAUGAAGAGUGCACCUUCAUGUAUCCUCCUCCUCCUUCCUCUCAGAAGGGAAAUGUUCCGCCAGCCCUCCCUGGUCUUCCUCCUUCCUAUGCCGUGCUGAAACCCCCGGGACCGGACAUACAGGUUUUUCCUGCGCCGGGCAAUGGGCCUGCAGCGAAACCAAGGACAACACUGGGCCCAAACAAUGUCCCCGACGGCUACGACGGCCUGCCGCUACCCAAGCUCCCGUCUGUCCCCAUCAGCCCCGUGCAGACCCCCAGAACGGACCCCUCCCCCUACGAGGAUAUAGACUUUGAGGACCUGUCUAAACGUUUGGAUGCGCUAAAUAAAAAAUAAAACGUC